AUACAUACAACCAGAAGAGAGAGAGAGAGAGAGAUGGGUAGGGCCCCAUGUUGUGACAAAGAAAAUGUAAAGAGAGGACCAUGGUCUCAUGAAGAAGAUGCAAAACUCAAGGACUUCAUUAACAAAUAUGGUACUGGUGGUAACUGGAUUGCUCUCCCUCAAAAAGCUGGUCUAAAAAGAUGUGGGAAGAGUUGUAGAUUGAGAUGGCUAAAUUAUCUGAGGCCCAAUAUUAAACAUGGUGAAUUCACUGAUGAUGAAGAUAAGAUCAUUUGCAGUUUGUAUGCUAACAUUGGUAGCAGGUGGUCAAUAAUAGCAGGUCAUCUACCAGGAAGGACUGAUAAUGAUAUCAAAAACUACUGGAACACCAAGCUCAAGAAGAAGCUUUUGGCUAUGUUUCCUUCUUUUCAAAAAAAGCCUUCUUUUUUUCCAUCUUUACCCUUCCAAUCACCAACACCCUACACAUCAAACCUGUUCUUGACCAAUAACUCUUCACCUUUUUACACUCACACAACCCCUAACUUCAUGAACUUGAGUAACAAUAUUAUCAACUCUCUCCUAACAACCACCACCCUUGUUCAAGAUCAAAUCAACUUUACACAUGAUCUCUCACCACACCAACCACUACCGAAUAGUUUGGUCACCAACAACAUUAACAACAAUGAUAGUAGCUUCUAUUUAGGGUUUCAGGAGGACCAUCAGAGCAUGUACAACUACCCUACUUCAGAUGUAAAAGAAGCCAUGCUCAUGUUUGGAAGUGCUGGUCAUGAAGGUUAUCAUGAGGUGAGUACAACUGGUUCUAGUUCUGAAGGUGGGAGUUGUUUAAGUCAAAUGAGCUAUGGAAACUGCAGUGAAAAUCAUGAUAAGAAGCAACAACACUAUGAUCAGAUCAAGCAAGAAGAUCAAUUUUCUCUUCAGGGUUUUGGAGAUCAAAGUCAGAGUUUCAUGAUUAACCACAACUACACUGAUCAGAAAGCAAAAGUGUACAAUUUGAAUAAUGUUAAUGAAAGCUCAUUGCAUAGUAAACUUGAGGAAGUGAAGCAACUCAUAAGUAAUGAUGAUGAAUACAUGACAACACGUGAUCAUAAGGAGAUAUGCUAUCAUUACUGAUGUGUUUGGUACACUUGUAAUUAAAGGAUGAAGAUAUGGAUGAGAGAGUUUGAGGAAGUUUCUUGGGGUUUGUGCUGAUUGUAGUGGAAAUCAAUGUAAUAUAUCACAGAAAAAAAAAGAGACUUAUUUGUUUUCUAAUUUCUAUAUUUGUAGUUGUGUGACAGUACAUGUACUAGCUAUUAUUUUUGUGCAUUUCUUAUUGGGGAUAUGAUAAAUAGUACUAUUUUGUCA